GCUCGGCGAGGCCACUUGUCCGCCCGCCCGGUGGAGACCGGGCAGCCCGCGCAGCCCCUGCCCGCUCGCCCCGGCGUCUUCCCGGCUCCCGGGCGCCAGAGCGUGCCGCGAGCCAACGGCGCGGCCACGGAGGCGCCGAGGAGGGGCGAGCCGCCGCCUUCGGGGGAAAGGGCGCCCGAGCGGCGGCGGCGGCGGGGCGCGGAAGGCGUCGCGACGCGCGAUGGCAGCGGCGGCUUAGCCCGGCGGGCGCGGAGCAGCCCCGACCUGGGGCUGGCCAGACGGGGCGGCGGGGCCGGGGACGCCGCCCGCCCCGGCGAGAUGAGCGCGGAGGCGGCCGAGGGCAUCACUUUCUCCGUGCCCCCUUUCACCCCGUCGGGCCUCGGCGUCUUGGCCGACGCGAGCGGCGGGCGGCGGGCCGGCGGGGCGGCGGGGGGCGAGGGCGAGGACAAGAGCCCGCUGCUGCUGCCGCCGCCGCCCGCGGGCAGCUUCUGGAACGUGGAGAGCGCCGCCGCCCCGGGCCCCGCGUGCCCCGCGUGCCCCGCGUGCCCCGCCGCCUCGGCCGGCAGCAGCGCCACCCGGUGCCGGGGCACCUCGGGCGGCGGGGGCCGACGGACCACGGUCGCCUACGUGAUCAACGAGGCGAGCCAGGGGCAGUUGGUGGCGGCCGAGAGCGAGGCCCUGCAGAGCCUGCGCGAGGCGUGCGAGGCGGUGGGCGCCACCCUAGAGACCCUGCAUUUCGGCAAGCUGGACUUCGGCGAGACCACGGUUCUGGACCGCUUUUACAACGCAGAUAUUGCUGUUGUGGAGAUGAGUGAUGCGUUCCGGCAACCAUCCUUGUUUUACCACCUUGGAGUGAGAGAAAGUUUCAGCAUGGCCAACAACAUCAUCCUCUACUGUGAUACCAAUACAGACUCUUUGCAGUCCCUGAAGGAAAUCAUUUGUCAGAAGAACACUAUGUGCACUGGGAACUACACAUUUGUUCCUUACAUGGUGACACCACACAGCAAGGUGUACUGCUGUGACAGCAGCUUCAUGAAGGGCUUGACAGAGCUCAUGCAGCCCAACUUUGAACUGCUUCUGGGACCUAUAUGCUUACCUCUGGUGGAUCGUUUCAUUCAGCUUUUGAAGAUGGCACAAGCAAGUUCCAGCCAGUAUUUCCAAGAAUCCAUACUCAGUGAUAUCAGGAAAGCUCGUAACUUAUACACUGGUAAAGAAUUGGCCGCUGAACUGGCAAGAAUUCGGCAGCGAGUAGACAAUAUUGAAGUCUUAACAUCAGAUAUUGUCAUAAAUCUUUUACUUUCCUACAGAGAUAUACAGGACUAUGAUUCUAUUGUGAAGCUGGUAGAGACUUUGGAAAAGCUACCAACCUUUGAUUUGGCCUCCCAUCACCAUGUGAAAUUUCAUUAUGCAUUUGCACUGAAUAGGAGAAAUCUCCCUGGAGAUAGAGCAAAAGCUCUUGAUAUAAUGAUUCCCCUGGUGGAAAGUGAAGGGCAAGUUGCUUCAGAUAUGUAUUGCUUAGUUGGUCGAAUCUACAAAGAUAAAUUUUUGGACUCUAACUUCAUGGACACUGAAAGUAGAGACCAUGGAGCUUCAUGGUUCAAAAAGGCAUUUGAAUCUGAGCCAACCCUGCAGUCAGGAAUAAAUUAUGCGGUUCUCCUCCUAGCAGCUGGGCACCAGUUUGAAUCUUCCUUUGAGCUCCGGAAAGUCGGAGUGAAGAUAAGCAGUCUUCUUGGAAAAAAGGGAAAUUUGGAAAACCUCCAGAGCUACUGGGAAGUUGGAUUUUUUCUGGGGGCUAGUGUCUUGGCCAAUGACCACAUGAGAGUCAUUCAGGCAUCUGAGAAGCUCUUCAAACUAAAGACACCUGCAUGGUAUCUCAAAUCUAUUGUAGAGACCAUUUUGAUAUAUAAACAUUUUGUGAAAUUGACUACAGAACAACCUGUGGCAAAGCAGGAACUUGUGGACUUCUGGAUGGAUUUCCUGGUCGAAGCCACAAAGACAGAUGUGACUGUAGUUAGGUUUCCAGUAUUAAUAUUAGAACCAACAAAAAUCUAUCAGCCUUCAUACUUAUCAAUCAACAAUGAAGUUGAGGAAAAGACAAUAUCUAUUUGGCAUGUGCUCCCAGAUGACAAGAAAGGUAUACAUGAGUGGAAUUUUAGUGCUGCUUCUGUCAGGGGAGUGAGUAUUUCUAAGUUUGAAGAGCGAUGCUGCUUUCUUUAUGUGCUUCACAAUUCUGAUGACUUCCAGAUCUAUUUCUGUACAGAACUUCAUUGUAAAAAGUUUUUUGAUAUGGUGAACACCAUAACUGAAGAAAAGGGAAGAAGCACAGAAGAAGGGGAUUGUGAGGCUGACUCCCUGGAGUAUGACUAUGAAUAUGAUGAAAAUGGUGACAGAGUUGUUUUAGGAAAAGGCACAUAUGGAAUUGUCUAUGCUGGUCGGGACCUGAGCAAUCAAGUCAGAAUUGCUAUUAAAGAGAUUCCAGAGAGAGAUAGCAGAUAUUCCCAGCCUCUACAUGAAGAAAUAGCAUUGCAUAAGCAUCUGAAGCACAAAAAUAUUGUCCAGUAUCUGGGCUCUUUCAGUGAAAAUGGUUUCAUUAAAAUCUUCAUGGAACAGGUUCCAGGAGGAAGUCUUUCUGCUCUUCUUCGUUCCAAAUGGGGCCCACUAAAAGACAAUGAGCAAACCAUUGGCUUUUAUACAAAACAAAUACUAGAAGGAUUAAAAUACCUUCAUGACAAUCAGAUAGUUCACCGGGAUAUAAAGGGUGACAAUGUAUUGAUUAACACUUACAGUGGUGUUCUCAAGAUCUCAGACUUCGGAACAUCAAAGAGGCUUGCUGGCAUAAAUCCGUGUACUGAAACUUUUACAGGUACUCUUCAAUAUAUGGCACCAGAAAUAAUAGAUAAAGGACCAAGAGGCUACGGGAAACCAGCGGACAUUUGGUCUUUGGGCUGCACGAUCAUUGAAAUGGCCACAGGGAAACCGCCCUUUUACGAACUGGGAGAACCACAAGCAGCUAUGUUCAAGGUGGGGAUGUUUAAAGUCCACCCAGAGAUCCCAGAGUCCAUGUCAGCAGAAGCCAAGGCAUUCAUAUUGAAAUGUUUUGAACCAGACCCUGACAAGAGAGCCUGUGCUAAUGACUUACUUAUUGAUGAAUUCUUAAAAGUCUCAAGCAAAAAGAAAAAGGCACAACCUAAGCUUUCAGUUCUUUCAGCUGGAUCAAAUGCAGAGUAUCUGAGGAGCAUUUCCUUGCCAGUACCUGUCCUGGUGGAGGACACAAGCAGCAGCAGUGAGUAUGGCUCUGUUUCUCCCGACACGGAGCUCAAGGUGGACCCCUUCUCCUUCAAAGCAAGAGCCAAGUCCUGCGGAGAAAAGGACGUCAAAGGAAUACGGACACUCUUUUUAGGCAUUCCAGAUGAGAAUUUUGAAGAUCACAGUGCUCCACCUUCUCCUGAAGAAAAAGAUUCUGGAUUCUUUAUGCUGAAGAAGGACAGUGAACGACGGGCCACCCUCCAUAGGAUCCUGACAGAAGACCAAGACAAAGUCGUGAGAAACUUAAUGGAAUCUUUGGCUCAGGGGGCCGAAGAGCCUAAACUAAAAUGGGAGCACAUCACAACCCUCAUUGCAAGCCUCAGAGAAUUUGUGAGGUCCACUGACAGAAAAAUCAUAGCUACCACGCUCUCAAAACUGAAGUUAGAGCUUGAUUUCGACAGCCACGGCAUUAGUCAGGUCCAGGUGGUGCUCUUCGGUUUUCAAGACGCCGUCAAUAAAGUUCUUCGGAAUCAUAACAUCAAGCCACACUGGAUGUUUGCUUUAGACAGUAUCAUCAGAAAAGCGGUGCAGACAGCUAUCACCAUUCUGGUGCCAGAAUUGAGGCCACAUUUUAGCCUAGCCUCUGAGAGCGACACUGCUGAUCAAGAAGACUUGGACGUAGAAGAUGACCAUGAGGAACAGCCAUCAAACCAGAAUGCACGAAGACCUCAUGCUGCGGCUGCGGCUGCUGCCCCGGCUGUUGUGGAGGAUCCUGUGGCUACUUCAGGGGUGAGCACGCUCAGUUCCACAGUGUCUCAUGAUUCCCAGAGUGCUCACCGGUCACUUACUAUGCAGCUGGGGAGGAUGAAGAUUGAAACCAAUAGAUUACUAGAAGAAUUAGUUCUUAAAGAGAAGGAAUUACAAGCACUCCUUCACAGAGCAAUUGAGGAAAAAGAACAAGAAAUUAAGCACCUGAAGCUUAAAUCCCAACCAAUAGAUAUUUCUGGGUUGCCCAUGUGUCACCUAAGUUUCCCUGGCACAGAUAUCGAAGAUUCUGAACUUACUGAUUGGCUGAAAGAAAAUGGCGCUGAUGAUUAUACUAUACGUCAGUUUGUGACUGAGCGCUACUCACUGGAAGAUAUCCUUUUCUGUGUCACACGGGAGGAUCUAAAAUGUCUGAAACUAAGGGGAGGGAUUCUCUGCACACUGUGGAAGGCCAUCUCUGACUUUCGGGACAAGAAUAUGUGACUGUCACUCAAUUUGUUUCCAACCUUGUGUGAAGACUCUACAAAUGAACCCAGAAUUGAUCUUCUUAGGGGCGAGAAUAUCAAAGUGAGAGGAGAAAGAAGCUGCACUUUAAAUCCAGUAUUUGUUUACUCAUGUUAAAAAAAAUACACUGAAAUUUCCUAACUGCUUCUACUUCUGUAAUUCAUAUGGACACUCCAUUCGGACAUUCCAAAUAAUCCUACACAUUAGAGUGUUGAAUGUUGAGGAUUAUUUUAGUCCAAACAUUUUUAUGGAAUUAUUUUAAGAAUCAGCAGCCAUUUGCACUUCAACCAAAUGUUUAUUUCACACAAAAGGAUGUAAUAUUUCAUGUGAUUGUGCAUCACUGGAACAAAACCAAAAUGUGACCAUAAUUGUUGUAAGCUUAUAUGUGCUUAUAAUAUGCUCUGACAAUCUGAGUAAAGAUGCAUAGUUUUGAUUAUUGUAUAGUUGAUGUUUUCUGUUAAGUGUGCAGAACCUCAGAACAAUGUUUUUACUUAUGGAUCUGUACUAAUUGUUAUAUUUACUAUAUUUUGUAACUUAAGUUUCUUGCCUAUAGUCUAUUGGUUUGAGUCAUUUAUGUACUACUGAACUGUACCAGUUGCACCUGCGUGAAUCAUAGUAAUGUUAGCUUGUUCUAAAGCUACCUAUUGUGUCAUAUUUACUCUAAAAAGUAAAGAGACUCUCAAUACAUGGUUUUGAUCAAGUCUUAUUAUUUUGUUUGGAUAAGCUAGAUACUGUAUCAAAAUUCUGGUGAUUCAGAUACACCUUUAAAUAGAAUAUAUUCUCUAUUUAAAGUAAUCAAAGUACAACUGAUACCCAAUUGGAUUCUCAGGGAGUAUGGUAAGACAUAGAUAGGAUGCGGGGAAAGUGAAUGAAAGUCAGUAUAGUUUUCUUGAGACCUAAAUUAACUUUCUGUCCAUUUGUUUUCAGGCCACACCUGGUAAUGCUCAGGGCUUACUCCUGGCUCUAGGCUUAGGGAUAACUCUGGUGGGUUUAGGGGUCGGGCAAGGGAUUACAUAUGGUGUCAAGUAAUGAACUGGGGUUAGCCUCAUGCAGGGCAAAAGCUUUAACCCCUGUAUCUCUCCUACCCCAGCCCAAGUUAUCUUGAACCUGUUCAUCCUGUAGGAUAAGGUAAUGUGCUGUUCAUACAGUAAGACAUAUAUAACAAAACUGUAUAAGAGUAGUCAUCUUUAUUUUUAUGUGAAAAUCAAGAUACAAUAUUUUUACAUUGUGUCAGAGUAUACUAAAAACUUAUCAGUACUUUCUCAUUCAAUAUAAAAAUACAACUCCAGCUCUUUUUUUUAUAUAUAUAUAUAUCCUGUUCCUGAGGCCAGGGAGUUACCUGUCGCAUCCUAUGGGCAAGUUUCUAAGGUUAUUAGGUAUAAAUUAAAUGAGAUCAUUUCACUCAUACUGAAACUCAAAGGAAACUUUUUUAUUAAGCCACACGUGAUCCCUCUAGUUCUACUGGCUGUUUCUUUUGGAUCACCUAUACAAUCAAGUUUCCUCGCUUCACUCAACUCUUUAAUUAUAUGGUCUUUCCUUGGGUUCCUCCUCCUACCAUAUCUGUAUGAGUAAAUAUUCCUCUAUUCUUUUAUUAUGCAUAGUAUCUGCCAAACCAACAGCGUUAAUCUUUUUUCAGAGUUUUGUGUCUUAUCCAUAAAAUAAGGCAUUCCUGUUAUGAUCCAAGCCUCAUGUAAAGUCUGAACUUGAAUGGCUUUUGUUAGUCUGAAUCUAGCUUCAUAUUAAAAUAUCCUGGAUGCUUUUCAUAAAAUAUAGAUGCCACCACCGCAGAAAAACUUUUUAUUAGUUUCUGGGCCACGGAGAUCUUUUUUAAAGGUUCUUCAGAUGAUUUAACAGUCAAGUCCCGUCUCCUUAUUUCAGGUGACAUCUGGAGGUAUGAAUGGAGAGCCUUUCCACAGAGGUGGUAGAAAAUGAUUACUAUUCACUGUUCAUUUGGUAUGGUGUCUAAGUACUUUGACUUAGAGCAAAAGUAACUCUUUUGACCUAGGGCAAAUUAACUUCUCCAAGACUUAGGUUUUUUUUUUUUCUGCUAUGAUAGAAAUAAUAUACCUUCCUCAUAGGAUUAUUUGAAGACUUAAAUAAAACAGAUGAGACACAGUGCAAUGCUUAGCAGAAAGCACUGAGAUGUUGCCGACUGCUGUUAUUUAUUGUAAUUCAUUUAAAAAUAUACAAAUACUGGGUGCACUGCACAUGGUGCAUAAACAGGACACAGUGCUUAUACCUAAAAUUCACUGACUGAGAUGGAAGCAAGAUGAAGCAGAAAUGGCAUUUGUGUAGUUUAGUGCUAUUGUUAGACCUGACUGCCAACUGGAAGUCAAGAAAAGCUUUCCUGAGGAGUGUUGGUCUAUAACUCAAGUCCAGAAGAUGGUGUACAGCGAAACAGGAAUUUGCCAGGAAAGGUGGAUCCAUGGUUUUUUUCAAAGCACAUUUUGAUCUCCAAAUUCUGUAGCUGAAUAUGUGAUUUCAUUCAUUCCUAAGUCAUCAUGUGAAACUGUGGUAACAAGAUGUUUUAAGCCACUGGAGUUCCUACUAUGUGCAAAGCACUGUGGCAGCAGGAGUGAUCAGCAUAGUGCCCACCAAGUUCAGAGUGCAGGCAAUGCUCAGAAUGUAUCAAGGACAUCGGCAAUCUGUCAAAUGAAAGAGAUGACUCCUGAAUCUAGGGACACCCUGUGAGAAAUAUUGGAUAGGGUCUCUGCCACCAAGUAAUAGAAUGAAGAGACUAGCAAAACUAAGUCACAUUCAGUCUUUGCUAAAGGUUGAAUGAUUAGCCAACCGAGAACCCCCUGGAGAGACUAGCGAGGACAGACAGUCUUGUAGGAAUUGAGAGGUAGAACAGGCUUCAUGGCCAAGAGAUCGCAACAGAGACCUUGGAGGAAAGGAAUUGUUAAAUAGCCUAGAAAUGGGGGAAAAGAAAUUCUGGGGAGAGAGCUACAGAAACAAAUGCAGAAACUGACCGGGUUUGAUCCCCGGCAUCCCAUAUGGUCCCCCAAGCACCACCAGAAGCAAUUCCUGAAUGCAGUGCCGGGAGUAACCUCUGAACAUCGCCAGGUGUGACCUCACCCCAAAAAAGAAAAGUGGGAAAUGGGGCCAGAGCUUGGGGACGAGGGAUGAGAUUGAAAAGAUGGUCAGUGGAGUGAAUAAUUGCAGAAAUUAAGACUAUUAAAGAGGAACAAGGGAAGAGUGUAUAUAAAGUGACUACAUAUUAACUUAGUGAAAUUGAGUUGGGUGAGGUAGAAGGAACAAACUGGACAGAAUAAUUCCAUGAUCAGGAUCUGGUAGGCAUUAGAGCAGGAAUUGAGAGGGCAGAAUUGAAACAAAGGAUGGACAAUAUUAGGCAAAUUUCUCCAAGAACAGGCAAGUGUGAAGAGGGAACUGAUAAGAAUACACUGACAAAAGUGCACAGAGGAUAUUAGCGGAACCCUGUGCUUACUCUACGAUGUCAAAAAAAAGUGCACAGAGAUCAUUGAGGAUAUGGAAUUUAGUACUAAGAUCAAGGGUAUAUAGUAGUUUGGAGUUAGGAGUCAUCCAAAUAAAAAUAAUAGUAAAAUGGAGAAGCUGGGAGUUUCAAGGGCUUUCGGUGGGGAAAAAAAUAAUUGUACAUAAUAGGAUUAAUAAUAGUCAAUAAUAGGAUUCUUAAGAGAGGCUGUGGCCUGAAAUGGAAUAGAAGAAGGUUUCUGAAAGGUUUAGGAAGAAGAAAGAAUUUAAGUCAGCAAAGGGGAUAAAAGGUCUAAUUACAGAGUAAUAAGAUAGCCUGGUAAUAAGAGGAAGACAAUCAGAAGGUCCAAUAUUGCAGAAUCUAGCAGAUAGUGGAUUAAAUCUUCUCUCGUAGGUGCUGCAGAGAUAGUCCAGCAGGCAGGGCACUUGCUUUGCACACAGCCCACCCAGGUUCAAUUUUGGGCAGCACAUAUGGCCCCUUCCUUGAUCCCUGCCAGGAAUGAUCCCUUAGCGCAAAACCAGGAGUAAAGUAAGCUCUGACCACCACCUGGUUUGGCACAAAAAAAUAACAAAGACAUUCUCUCUCUCUCUCUCUGUCUCUCUCUGUCUCUCUCUGUCUCUCUCUGUUUCUCUCUGUUUCUCUCUCUCUCUCUCUCUCUCUCUCUCUCUCUCUCUCUCUCUCUCUCUCUCUCUCUCUCUCUCCCCCCUCAUAUUUUUAGAGAUAGUCAAGAAAGAUUGGUUAAAAACAUACAACAAUAGGGAUCAAAGACAUAGUACAGCAGGUAGGGCUUUUGCCUUGCACACAGCCAACCUGGGUUUGAUCCCCAACAUUGGUCCCCCGAUACUGACAGGAGUAAUUCCUGAGCAUUGCCAGGUGUGAUCUAAAAAGCCAAUAAAUAAAUAACAGCACUGAGAUGUCAUACCUUUAUUACCUUUGGUGAAAGUGUAUACAGGUAGGCUUGAGGGUAGAAAGUCAGUUCAGAAUCAGAAUCCUAAAUUUGUUUGGAUAGAGCCCUGAGUGAAAAGGACAUAGGGUAAAGGACGAGAUUUUAGAGGAGGCAGGAGGGAAACAGAUGGUAUAGGCGGCCCAGCUCUUCCCCCUGGGAAGUCCUUGAGAUUUUGAGGAAUCAGAUUUUGGAAUAGAUGUGGGAGCUCAAGACAGAUGGCUUUCUUGUUCUAAAUCAAGUACAACACAAAGUACGGGAUGGUGUGUGAUAUUUAGCAGAUGUCCAUUCCAGUGUAUUCAUCAAAACCACUCCAUUGCAGAUAGGCAUUGAGUCUGGAACAGUUUGUACAGGGCCUCAGCGCAGGUUUUUGGUGAGUUUCUUGUUGUAACUUUUGUGUAACUGUGACAGAUUCUAACAUAAGUUAGCAAAAGAAUGUGAGAAGUCAUCCUUAAGGAGUGGUAGCAGAAGGGUUAGUCGAACCUUCUGAUUAAGUAGACAAUCAGAAGGCUUGAA